GGACAUAUUUGUGUAUUUUAAUUCAAUUUAAAUAUACGCGAUUAGAGUUCUACGUUUGAUAUAACCUAUUUAGAUUUUGUACUCAUAUUAAUAUUAUCAGUGCUAAUAUUUUGUCGUUUAACUAUACAAUGGCCAAGUGCGCGUAUUUUUUGUCGCAUAAAUUAUUAUUAGAGUUCUGUCAGCCAAAAUGUUUGAAAUUUCUACGUAUGAGUCACCGGACAUUAAAUGCGGUGCGAAAGUUUGCGGAUGACAGGCCGGCUGUUAUUUUAGGGAUCGAAACGAGCUGCGAUGAUACAGGAUGCGGAAUCGUGGACACUACAGGAAAAAUUUUGAGCGAGGUGAUAAGCUCGCAGCAUCUUACUCAUUUAAAAUAUGGUGGCAUAAUACCUACAAUCGCCGGCAAUAUGCACAGACAACAGAUUACCGCAGUCUGCGAAGAUGCGCUGAGAUCAGCAAAUUUAAGAUUAAGAGAUAUAGAUGCUAUUGCAACCACAACUAAACCUGGUCUUUCUUUAUCACUUAGUGUUGGAAAUACCUUUGGCCAAUAUCUUUCUAGGAUCGGUAACAAGCCAUAUAUACCAAUACAUCAUAUGGAAGCUCAUGCAUUAACUGUACGGAUGGUACAGAAAGUAGAUUUUCCUUACCUAGUUUUGCUUGUAUCAGGUGGCCAUAGUUUACUAGCAAUCGUUGAAAAUGUCGAUAAGUUUUACACGCUAGGUACUACAUUGGAUAAUGCACCUGGUGAAAUUUUUGAUAAGAUUGCUCGUCGACUCAAGCUUGCGAACAUACCUGAAUUUUCGCAUAUGAGCGGUGGUCAAGCUAUAGAGAUUGCAGCAAGCAAAGCAACAAAUGCGACUAAAUUUGCUUUUGAGCCUAUCAUAACGCACAAGAGAAAUUGUCAAUUUUCUUUCUCAGGUAUGUUAAACAAAUGUUUGUAUUAUAUUAGCAAACAAGAAAAGGAAUUUGAAAUUGAUGGCAGCACAGUAAUUCCUGAUGCGUAUAAUCUCUGCGCUGCAGUGCAAAUGUGUACUGUAAAGCACAUAUGCCACAGAACACAAAGAGCAAUGGAAUUUAUUAGCAAUUUGAACUUGAUAUCGCAAGAAAAACGAACUUUGGUAAUAUCUGGUGGAGUAGCAUGCAACAAUUUCUUAGCAAAAGCUUUAGAAAUUGUUUGUUCGGAAAAGGGUUUUAAAUUCGUUAGAACUCCACCCCGAUUAUGUAACGACAAUGGUGUAAUGAUAGCAUGGAACGGCGCGGAAAGAUGGAUGGCGAAUAUAGGUGUUAUUCGAGAUAGGAAUGAAAUUGAAAUGGUAACUGUCGAGAAAAAGGCACCACUCGGAGAAAGUUGGAUCGAAAGAGUGCAAGAUGCGAAUAUAAAAUGUAAAUUAGUAAAAUUAAAGGAGCUUUGAGAUUAAGCAUCAA